AUGUCGGAUGCGCUCGAUCUAGACCAGCUGCAAGCGCAACUCGAGCUGAAGCGUUCUGCUCUGACCGAUAGCAUCCUCUCCAAGCUGCCUGGUCUAGGUGGUCCUGCUGCUGCUGCUUCAUCCUCUUCGGCAGCCUCGGCAAGCACAAGUCGACUUCAAGAGAGUGCCCGCCCACGGCAAGCCAAUCUAGGAGUCGGAGCUACUCCCAAACAGCAAGAAGGAGACAGUAAUGGCAGCUUCGCAAAGUCACGCAGUGCAGCUGAUGUGCGUCUCAGAGGCGCGCUGUCUGCAAAGCGCAAACGAUGGCAGGAUGAAGAGCCGAAGGCAGCCACUCUCUCGGACUCGGAUGAUGAUCAAACAAGCAGAACGAAUGCGAUUGUGGCAGCUAAGAAGUCGAAGCAAUCGACCAGCAAUGGCGCCAAAUCAUCCACUGCUGCCAAUGGCAAAUCGGAAAAGAAGGAUCCAUUCGCUGCCAAAGGCAUUGAGUCGCAAAGGGCUUCGCAGAAUCAACCUCGCAUCGUCGUUUUGGACGGAGAGUCCAUCGAUUUGUCCAAAUUGAGCAAGACGCAGCGCAAGAAGAUCAACAAGCAGCUCAAAGCGCAGCAAGAACAACAAGAAGGCGAUGACGAACGAGUACCUCAAGCAGCUGCAGCGUCACCGGCAUCAACAAAGCCUCCAUCAGCAUCACCCGUGGCGGCUGCAGCACAACCAGCCCCUGCCAUGUUGAACGGUACGAACAACAGUACCAGUGCUGCAUUGACACCACUACAGGCGCAGAUGCUCUCCAAACUCUCCGGCUCGCGGUUUCGCACAAUCAACGAGAAGCUCUAUACCACAGCGUCCAACGAAGCCGUCCGCAUGAUCGAUGCUGCUCCGGCUAUGUUUGACGAGUAUCAUCAAGGAUUCAGAGAGCAAGUGCGAUCUUGGCCCAAGAAUCCAUUGGAUCGUAUUGUAGAGCUUUUCGAUUCAUCGCAAGCGAACGGUUCCGGCCCGAGCAAGGGUAAGGGCAAAAAGAAAGCAGCACAGCAACAAUCAGCAGCGUCUUCGCAAGAGGCCAAAGCCCGUUUCGCUCCUGGUGCAUUGGUGGUCGAUCUGGGCGCUGGUGAAGGCGGACUAGCAAAGAAGUUGAUCCCCAAGGGUGUCAAGGUGCUGUGCUACGACCUGGUUACGACGAGCGAUGGUUGGGUGAGAAAACAGGAUACAGCGGCCAUUGGCGGGCUUCCCUUGCCUGGAUUUUUUGCGGAAGCAGAUCCGCUCGGGUUACAGACCAGGCCAACAGGCGCGGCGGACGGCGUUGCUGAUGUGGCAGUCUUCUGUCUCAGCUUGAUGGGCACGAAUUGGGUCCACAUGCUCUUGGAGGCCAAAAGGGUUCUGCGCACAGGUGGAGAGUUGAUCAUCGCCGAAGUCUCGAGUCGAUUCGCAGACGGCUUUGACGCUUUCAUUCGAAUCGUCAAGAUGCUCGGCUUUGGACUCGAACACAAGGAUGCGAGCAACACCCACUUUGUGCUCUUUGAGUUCAUCAAACUGUCUCAACGCGACCAUGUAUCGUCUUUGUCUGGUAUCGAUGGUGACGGCGCCAUUGAUCCGGAAAACACGUCGCUGGACGAGCUAGCCGAGCAUGGCAAGACGCUUCUCAAGCCAUGUAUCUACAAACGGCGGUAA